AUGUCACAAGCCCAGAUCCAACCGUGUCGCUAUAAGACUGGCAAGACGCUUGGCGCUGGCUCCUACUCGGUCGUCAAGGAGUGCGUGCACAUCGACACUGGCCGCUACUAUGCCGCCAAGGUCAUCAACAAGCGCCUGAUGGCCGGCCGCGAGCACAUGGUGCGCAACGAGAUUGCCGUCCUCAAGCGCGUGUCCAUGGGCCACCAGAACAUCCUCACUCUGGUCGACUACUUUGAGACCAUGAACAACCUGUACCUCGUGACCGACCUGGCCCUGGGCGGCGAGCUGUUCGACCGCAUCUGUCGCAAAGGCUCAUACUACGAGAGCGACGCCGCAGACCUCAUCCGCGCAACCCUGUCCGCCGUCGCAUACCUCCACGACCACGGCAUUGUGCACCGCGACCUCAAGCCCGAGAACCUGCUGUUCCGCACNCCCGAGGACAAUGCCGACCUCAUGAUCGCCGACUUUGGCUUGUCUCGUAUCAUGGACGAGGAGCAGUUCCACGUCUUGACCACGACCUGCGGCACCCCGGCNGACGUGUGGGCCAUCGGCGUCAUUACUUACUUCCUCCUCUGCGGUUACACGCCCUUCGACCGAGACAGCAACCUCGAAGAGAUGCAGGCCAUCCUCGUCGCCGACUACUCGUUCACUCCCCUUGAAUACUGGCGCGGCGUGUCGCUGUCCGCCCGAGCCUUCAUCAAGCGCUGCCUGACCAUCGAUCCCACAAAACGCAUGACAUCCCACGAAGCCUUGAGCCACGACUGGAUCGCUGGUCCUGCACACGACAGAGGCAACGAGGACCUGCUGCCCACCGUCAAGAAGAACUUCAACGCCAGAAGAACCUUACACAAAGCCAUCGACACUGUUCGCGCAAUCAACCAACUCAGAGCAGGUGGCGGUAUGGGUAUGAUGGACGGAGCUCAGUCUCGCCGCCCUGAGCGUGUCGAUACUGCCGCGCCCAAAGACAAGGACGGCGACGUCAACAUGGACUCCAAGCCCAAGAGUCAAGCUGCGACUGCUGUUUGA